AUGUCAGAUUUGUGCGGCAAAGACGGCCCCAGAGUUGCAGGUGAACCACCAGUUAAGAAGAAGGUAGUCAGCCUCAAAGGUGUGGCCGGAGCCAAAAAGGCCCUUCUUAAGUGGGCAAAGAAGGCUGCAGCCAGGCGAGUGAGCACUGCAGGUGUGGAAGUACAGGACUUUGGGAAGAGUUGGAGAGACGGUAUAGCAUUCAAUGCUCUCAUCCACUCAGUGAAGCCAGAGCUGGUUGACAUGGCAGAGAUAAAACAGAAGUCUAACCUGGAAAGGCUGGAGCAUGCCUUCACUACGGCAGAAGAAAAGCUAGGAAUUCCAAGAAUUUUAGAACCCCAGGACGUGGAUGUGAGCAAGCCUGAUGAGAAGUCCAUCAUGACAUACGUGGCACAGUUCCUGCAGGCCUACCCUGAUACAGGGGAGGAGACACCGCAGGAGCCGUCCCAGGUGGAGCUGCACAUCCGGGAGGAGAAUGAGGAGUACCAGGCUCUGAUGACCUGGAUCUCUCGAGCAGAGAUCAGACUGAAGGACUUCAGUGCCAGCAUCCCCGGUAUCGGUAGAGGGGAUGAAUUUCAGGCUGCUGGAGGGAGACUUAAACAGGAGGAAGUGGAGCAUUUUCAGGCUUUUAAACAGGACCUGGCAAACAAAGCAAAAACUUACAUCUGGAUUCAGCAACAGUAUGAAGCCAAACUUCUCCUAAUGUUGACAGAAGACAAUAUCACAGAAAUGAUCACCAGGUAG